AUGAUAACUUCAUUUUUGACAUUCCAAUGCACCACCACGGUCCGCGUAGUGCUUGCAACAAUGAUUCUAUUGUGCCGAAAAACCGGUCAUUCCGAUGAACGUCUUCACCGGAAAAGUGGCCACAACCACUUCAUCAAAAACAAGUUCCAACACCCGCGCAAAGCUUCCUGCAUGAGUUGUUUGUUUAGGAGUAGUACUCUUUUAACAAGUUUUAUGGAUUCCUUAUCUAAGACUUCGAGAUCUGAUCUUAAGGGGAAACGAUAUCUUUGGUUUUUGAAUUUCAAGAUUGAUAUUUAUCGAACUUUGUGCAAAAACCAUCUAUCUCUUUCCACCAUUUAUGUUUUCGAACCAAUGCACUUCAAAGCCUAUUUGGGAAAAUCUCAAGUCUAUAGAUGUGAUAAGACUUGA